CACCCUUAUUCGACCGUGUAUGAACGACAGACGUGUUACUUACAUACAGUAUCCAGCAGGCAGAUAUACACAAUUCUUAAUUUAUUGAAAAAAACUAUCUCCGGAAUCAGUACGAGAAAUUACUUAAAUGCUUGGACAUUAUACAUGAUAGACAGGUUGUUUACACUUUGAAGUUUCGUAAAUUUUAUUCAUAUAUCUGGAGUAUCAAUGGAAUACCCAUCUCCAGAUUUAUUCGGAAUGACAAGGAAGAAAGAGAAGAAAAAUUCCGAUUGAACAGUUUCUGAGCAAGUGCUGGGACAAGAAUAUUUAUCGACAAAGUGCUGUUAGUGCGACUAAUCAAAGAUGAUGCGUAUUAACCAAGAACGUGCUUCGAGCCGGUAGUGUUUGUCACAAAAGAAUCAUUUAUUCCAAUACAAAUGUGCAAUGCUACGUUUCUUCGAAAGAUACGCCCGUGCCAAACAACAGAAUCGCUCUUACGUUUAUCGAUUCUAUGGGACGAACUGAUUUGAAAAGAGGGACCGAUUUGUGUUUGGAUUGGAACUGUGACUUGUGUUCUGAAGUCGAGUACACAUUGACUGAGCAAAAGAUAAUGUACUUGUAAAUUUUAAAAAUUUAUUACAAAUACGUAAUUUCAGAACUUAGUAGUCUAGUAAUCCAUAAUAUUUACAAAUGAAAGAAAUAUUCUGAGCUAAGCGAAACUUCAGUGCCAAGUUCUGUGGUUUCGUCGCAGGAGUUUUUAUGAAUAAUGAAGAGAUUAAAUAUCAAGACAAUCAAUACUCUUUAUCAGAGUAUAAUCAAAGUAUUAAUCUUACAUCACGCGAGAUAUGAAUUAAAAAUUCUAACGAUAUAAAAAUGUAUCGUACAUAUGCUUCAAGAUUACAGUCGUGAAAUAUACCACGUUUAACGCGAUGCGAUCGUGAGAGCUUUUCCUACAUUUAUAUUACUUUACAUAAAUAUACGAUAGAGGGCACUAUCUAUUGAUAAAAAUAUAUUUUAUUUCUUGAUAAAAAUAUUUUAUCUAUUGAUUAAAAAACUAAGAAGAGGUUGGCAGUUCCCCGUAAGAGCGAUAUCUCGUAUUAUACUAAUGUUGCUGAUGGAAAGCAUUUUCUCGCUUCUAACGCGGUCACGUAACUGGCAGACUAUUGAUUGUCAUUCAAGGAAAAUGAAGAAAAGAUUACUCCUCUGUUUUCUAUGCGCCAUUAUACUCUUCAUUCUGAUGGUCUCCACUGAUAAUGAUUUCAUUCAACAUGUGUCACCGUUCGUAAUUGGUGAAUGGAACGACAUCACAUGUUACGAAGAAGAGAGCGCAUCGAAUGGUCUUCCGGAUUUUGAUCCGGAGUUAGAUAAACCAACAACGGAUAGAAAUAUCUUUUUCCACGAAACAUCUUGUUUCGACGAGGAUGGUUUAGUGCUGAAUGCUCGCCAAGCGUGUGCCGUCGAAUCAGCAGCUAAAAUGAAUCCAAAUAUGAAUGUAUAUUUGCUGUUUGUAUCCCCUUCAAAAAUCUCGAACCAAUCGAGAGAAAUGUUUCAUCAACUGCAGAGCUAUUCGAAUGUUCGGAUCAGGCAUAUCAAACCGGAAGAAUACGUAAAGAACACACCUCUGGACCUAUGGUAUAGAAGUGGCGUAUUGAAAAAAAGUCGGUGGCCAAGAAGUCACAUGUCAGAUAUUCUUAGAUAUUUGACACUUUGGAAAUACGGAGGAAUAUACUUGGACCUGGAUGUCGUUGUCAUUACAUCCUUCGAACAUUUAACAAAUUUUGCCGGUGCCGAGGAUUGGGAUAAUGUUGCCGCCGGUGUCGUGGGAUUUGAUGCUACGGCGCUUGGUCGUCGCAUAGCUGAUGCCUGCAUACGCGAUGUACGAGCGAAUUUUCGAGGUGAUAUUUGGGGCAACAAUGGUCCUGGUGUGAUUACUAGAACGCUGCAAAAACUCUGUUCAACUAAACACGUUCGAGACAUGACCACAAGUCGGUGUCAUGGCUUUAAAGUUUUUUCUCCUUCGGCAUUUUAUCCGAUCCAUUACAAGAAAUGGAAGGUAUACUUUAAGACAAAAGACAGGAACAAAACGAUGAAGAUUGUGGAAAAAGCGAUGGCCAUUCACGUAUGGAAUAAGUUCAGCAAGUCAGAAAAAGUGAAUGUAAAUAGUGAUGUUCCGUACGUCAUAAUCGCGAGGAAUCACUGUCCAAGAGUCUUUAAUAAUUGUGGAGAGGUAUUUUAAUGAAUAACUACGACUGAAUUUAAAUACAAAAGUUGCAAUAAAAACACAA